AUAGGGAACUACAAGAGCAAGAGUACUCAGACAGGGAAAGCUACGGAACCCCAGAAGGGACACUGGACUGAAAUGCAAACUACAAAUACUACACAGACUUAACCACAAGAAUCUAAGUUGAAAAGGCAGGGGAUCGAACCAGAACCGAGUAACACAGAGCUAGGAAAGUUAAGACGGGAUUGGUCUUCAGUAAACAGCAGACUGAAAUGUUCUCACUGAUGAGUCACUGUCAAAAACAAAAGAGCACCAAAGAUUUCAGAGGAAUCUGACUGCGGUGAACGUGGAGCAAAGUGGAUAGAUGUAACAGACGACCACUUUAAAACCAUUGCUACUACAGGAAACUCUCUCUUUCAAUGUCUUCCUGUCAUCAACACAGCCAGAGAGAAUACUUUCUCUGGUUAACAGCAUUCUCCAAGUCCGCCCUCUGACACACUUAUGUAGAUUUGGUAGCAGUUUCGUGUACACCUAUUCCAAUAUGCUUGGAUGUUUUCCUGUAAAGUCAAGCUAUCUUGACUGCAGCAAGUUCGGGAAUUACAGAAUGACAAAAGAGUAUGUGUUGUUGCAUCAGAUCACUGUAUGAGGAGUAGAUAUUUGUUGUGAUUCACAAGACAAAUGUGCUUUCACAACAGACAGAACCAUCCAAUCAGCUCUAACAAGGCCUGAACAGGCAAUCUACAGACAAUCAAUGACAUUCUUGGCUUCAGAUGCAGGUGCUUAAAGGGUCAAUAACGAUGUAACAUCGGUUUUAAACCAAAAGUAAACUAAUUUAUGACUGAGUACUUAAUUAAUUACAAGGAGCAAUUAAAGGACACAUUUUACCAUUUCAAGAAUCAAGAGUCUUUAUUGUCAUUGUGUUUCCACACAACGAAAUUACGAUUGGUGACUCCCAGCUAUAGAUAAAAAUAGAAAAUGACACACUAUAUACAAAUGAAAUUAAAAAAAAAUUUAAAUCCUCAAAAAUAUAAAUAUGUAAACAGAGUUAGUGCACAUGAUCCGUAGGGUGAGUUUGUUCUGGAUUUAAGGUUAUUUGUGUUCAAAAGAGUUGUGAAGUGAUCUGAAAGAGACAGGGAGGAGUUACAGUUUACUGUAAAUUAGCAUGCAGGAAAAUUCUAAGUCAAACAGUAGCAAAUUGCACAUUACAACAGAAGUGGACAACAUGUGUUGAGACACCAGCACAUGUUGUCCACACCAGUACAAGUGUGGAGAGUGACAGCACAGAAAGCUGAGUGAUGGGACUUGCACAGUCUGACUGCAGGGGGAAAGCUAUGCCUAACUGACACCUGUGGAUACUUGUUGGGGACGUAAUUAUGUCACACUCAGCUUUAGGUCAAGUUUGCAACACUGGCAUGUGAGCUUUCGCUUCAUUUGUGGGUGUUUUAACCCAGAGUUCGCUUUACUGAUUGAGCUGUAGAGCGCGGUGCAUCUGUGGAUGCAUUCUCCAUCCAGCCAUUGGAACCCAGAUUUCACUGACGCAGCUGAGACACACCUUCAGAAAAUUUAACCACAGCAUGUUAUUGGACUGUGGGAGGAAGCCAGAGUACCUGGAAAAAACCCAAGCAUGCACAUGGAGAACAUGCGAACUCCAUGCAGAAAGAUCCCAGGAAGGUGGGACAUGAACCAGGGGUCUUCUUAAUAAGCAGAUUACAAGUGUUUGGAUUAAAACUAAUGCUUCUGAUUAAGCCUGAAGGAAAAAAACAUGAGUCAACAUUUCAACAUUUAAUAAUACCCCUUGAUAAACGGAAAUUUUUUCCAAAAUUCGAUGAUUUCAGCACUUCUAAAAAUAAGCAAUCGCAGAAAGAGGAUGCAAGAAAGUCUUGGCUAAUACUGAAAUGAAGUGAUUCAUAAGGUAGAAGAAUUUAAGAACUUUUAGUCCUGGCAUGGAUAGCUUUCAACUUGUGAACUCUGAAACCUUCAACAUAAUAGUUAGUGGUAGGGGGCCAAAUACUGUAUUUAAAAAUGUGUCUUUUAGCGCUGUUUUUAGGGGAGAAUAAGUAUCUACUCAAAGACAGAUACUUCUGAGGGUUCAAGAAAUGCUGCUGUGAGGGUCUUGAUGAUGACUGGUUAACCUCAGAAAGGACAAGUACCAUUUUUCUGCUCUCUUCGCUAUGUAAUAGUCUUCUCUCAAACAUCACCAUCAUCAACUCAGAACUCACCAUACAGUAUAGGCAAACAUAAUAAAUUCAUGUUAGCUUUUCAGUGUGUGGAUACAACAAGAACUAUAAUUUCUUGGAGUUUUCCUGCGUUUAUUAGGGUCAGUGUAUUACUUCUUUUGCUUUCAGUUUAAUUUUGGCAGUGGUCGGGGUUCUAUUGUUUUCUUGGAAAGAGCAAUAACAGCGGUGGCAGAGACCGGAACUUAAUGAGUCUGACGAGUGUGGGUGUUUUUUCCAGAGGAGGAGGACUCAUUUCAACACAAAUUCCUCACAGCCAAAUCAGAAGUGGAUGUAAACAACCUCUAACUGAUGUCAUUUAGAGGAACCAACUGACAGGCUGGAUAUCAGAACUGAGCGACCCCACAGGUCACUGUUAUGAGCUGGAGUUGUAGGAACCGCAACCAUGGCUGUCUGGAACAGUAGCUUGCGGUCUGUCAGGUCCACUUUCGUCAUAUUGUGGAUGUUGAUGUGGAAUGCUAGUUGUGACGUACAGCUUCAAGGAGAGGAGGAAGAGAUUUUUCAUUCUGACAUACAGACCAAACUGGGAUGGACCUCUGAACCCCCCAGGAAAUGGAAAGAAAUUAAGCUACCAGUUGGUACAGACGGGACUACUGUACCUGUGCUCCAAGCUUGUGAAAAUAAAAUAAAGCAAACUAUUUUAAGCCCGUGGAUGGAAUGUAAAGAUGCCCAUUACCUACUGAUGGAUAUUUCAAUUGCCCAAGAAGAGGAGUCAUCGGGUCAGCUCAACUCAGUGCAAGUUUACUGUUUUGAUUCAGACACCCCGAUCACAAAAUUUCGGAAUAGCGAGCCAGUCCUGAGCAUCCAAACCUCCAAGCUGCUCCCAGAUGGAGUCCACCACAAUCAAAUGUCCAACUUCCUAAAUCGCAGCCUGGCCUUGAAUGUCUGCUCACUCAGCCGCAGAGGCUUCCAGAUCGCCUUCUCCUUUUCAGGAGCGUGUGUGUUUUUGACCUCCAUCAGACUGUACUACAGGAGGUGCCCUGACAUUGUUUCUGAUCUGGUCUCAUUUGGGGGUAUGGCUGCUGGGUCGGAGCCUCUGUCUGGUUCUUGCGUGGAGGGAGCUGUUGAGGUUUCUCCUCCUUUAAGGGAGUGUAACAUGAAUGGAGUGUGGAUGCCACUGCAGGGUGGGUGCACUUGUAAAACCGGGCAUCAAGUCAUGAAUGACACCUGCGAAGCCUGUAAGAUGGGUUACUACAAAGCAGCCAAUGAGAGUGCAGGAUGCCAGCUGUGUCCAAGGAAUACAGGGACCCAAAAGGAGGGAUCAGAGAGGUGUGACUGCCUACAAGGUUUCAGCCGUUUGCCAAGUGACCCCCAUGACCUCGGCUGCACCAAGCCACCUUCUGCUCCUGUGAAUCUAACAGCUCGCCAUCAUAAUGACUCUGUGCUAACGGUGACGUGGGACCCUCCUCAUGACAGGGGAGGCAGACAGGAAGUGAAGUAUCAUGUGAAGUGUGAGAAGGAAGCUGACGCCGGCAGCCAGUGGGAGGCGUGUGGAAGUGAUGUGAUUUUUCUGCCAUACUCAGCAGAACUGACCAACACAUCAGUCAAGAUCAUGGGACUGAACCCGCAGCGCGACUACAGAUUGUCAGUGCAAGCCUCCAACGACAUAUCCAUCCUCCAGGGGGCACCGCAUUUAUCCACUGCAGCUAUUACCAUUCACAGAUGGAAACUCCCUCCUGUGGUGAUUACUGUCAUCCCAGACUUAAACCUCCCAAUUCUUGACAUGACAGCAGCUCCUCAGCACCAGAGUCGCUUCUUCAUGUGGCUCACAGUUGGUGUUUUAUUUAGCAUCCUGCUGCUCAUGGCUGUAAUCCCCACUGUGAUGUGUGUCCUGCGCAAAAGCUACACUAAACUCAGGUCAGACAACGAAAUAGAGCUUUUACCACUGCAUAGUGAAAUUUCAUACCGACGCACACAGAUAGUGGAGUCUCCUCCCCAGCAGUCUGACGUGGUGGAGGGUGUGACCCAGUUGUUGGAGGGGCUCGGUGGCCGGCUGCUGGACAGUCUGAGGGAGGUCCUUGUAGAGAGAGAGCAGCUGACUCUAGGCAAGGAACUGGGCAAAGGAGAGUUUGGUUCAGUGUAUGAAGGUGUCUUUACUCCAGAGGGUGGUGUGGACAUCAAAGUGGCUGUGAAGACCAUGAGAGUUGGAAUCCACAGUCAGGAAGACUUGCAUGAGUUUCUAAGAGAGGCAGAGAUCAUGAAGAACUUUGAUCAUGAAAAUGUCGUCAGACUACUAGGGGUCACUUUACAGAGAGAGCAGGACUCUCCUCUGCCUGUUCCUCUCGUCAUCCUGCCCUACAUGAAGCACGGAGACUUGCGCCGUUUCCUGAUAGCCACACGCUAUGGUGAUAUCCCUAUGUUUGUGCCCCACCAGAGUCUCCUGCGCUUCAUGAUCGACAUUGCAGCAGGGAUGGACUAUUUGAGUCAGCAGGGGUUUCUGCACAGAGACUUGGCUGCACGCAACUGCAUGCUAGGUGAUGACCUUAGGGUAUGUGUGGCUGAUUUUGGCCUGUCCAAGAAAAUCUACAGCAGCAAUUACUACCGUCAGAAAGUAGCUAUCCGUGUGCCAAUCAAGUGGAUGGCCAUGGAGAGCCUGUCUGAGUCCAUCUACACGACCAAAAGUGAUGUGUGGUCAUUCGGAGUAACCAUGUGGGAGAUUGUGUCCCGAGGCAGGACGCCCUAUCCUGGAGUCCACAACCACGAACUGCUGGACCUGCUGCAGUCUGGACACAGGCUCAAACCACCCGAGGACUGCGAUCACAAACUUUAUGAAAUUAUGAAGAGCUGCUGGAAUAGGGAGCCUCCCCGGAGGCCUGGCUUUGGCGAGCUGGCUGAAGCACUGAAAGGGCUUCUGGCAGAACUUCCGAUCCUGGAGGCCAGCCAGGAGGCUAGUUACAUCAACCAGGGCCUGGCGGUGGCGGCUGCUGCUGCUGCAGCUGGUGGCGCCUCUCAGGAUUCACAGACAGACUCUAGGGGAAGAUGGGAAAACGUCUACCUGCCGAAUCCUGUGGGUGCUACUGCUACAUUCAGAGACGACGAUGUGGAAGUAGAGGAUGGUUAUCUUAAGUACAUUACUGGCUCAGCAGUUAAGGAGAACGUAAAUCACUGAAAAUGGACGAUGUUUUUGUAAGAUACACAAUGUAAUUCUUCUCAUGAACUAUGAGGAAGGGACAGAGAUGUGGUAUGCAUUUAUAAUCUACAUCUUUAAGGGCUAGGAGAGGAAGGAGGCAGUCACUGGCUCUCAUUAAGCAACCAGAAAACAAAGCAUUUUACUUAAUUUUUGAAAUGUUUGUAUAUCUUUAUAGUGUAAACAGGUCAUGUUAAAUUCACCUGUCUAAUAUUGUGUAGGUUCCCCUCAUGCCACCAAAUCAGAUCUCACUCUUGAAAGCAUGUCCACAGGACCUCCUUGAGUGCCCUGUAGUGUACGAAGUGUUGGUAAGAGAUACUUCAGGUCCUGUGGGUUGCAGGGUGAGGCGUCUCUGGAUCUGACAUGUUUCAGCACAACCCGCGGAUGCUAGCCUAGCCGCGCUAGACAACCCACGGCAACGAAUUUAAUUCUCUGCCAGGGUGGGUCUAGUUACCCUCCAUAAGGCUCGAGGUUGGAUGCUCCUAAAACUGGCCGGACGAAUCACCAUGAAGUGUAGAGUCAAAACUAAGUGACGACAGAGGCGCGACGAUUCUGACAGAAACAACCGGAAACAACUAGACUAGCCGUGCUAGACAACCCACGGCAACGAAUUUAAUUCUCUGCCAGGGUCGACAACAAAAACGACAACAGUCGUUGAGCUCCAUUAGCACCGACUCUGAAUAAUCUUUCUGUUAACAUGUCUGUAACAUACUUGAGCUUCACCCAUUGACUGUAUAAAUAAGGCUUCACCGAACUCCCGCAUCCUCUGAUUUCCGGCGCUCUAGGAGCCUACUCAUUGCGCUGAUUGGUUGUAUACCUACCCAAUUGCUGCAGUGAUUUGAUAGACAACUUUUUAGCCCGCCUCCCUCCCUGUCGAGCUUGCCUAGACCCUUGCGUCUUCAGAGCAUGGGUCUAGCGCGGCUAGGCUAUGUGGAUGGUUCAUUGAAUCGGAAUCUGGAGUCAGCUGGGUCAGUGCACUGCAAUUACAGGGUUUGGUUUAUACUAGACAUGGACAGCAUGAAACGCCAAAACAGAGAGAAAAUAAACAUCCAUGAAUCUGCUUAGAAAUUAUGAGUAGAAAACUGCUUUAGAGCAUGUCUGAGAAUCGUCACGUUUUUCAGUUUAUCUAGUGGCCCAUCAAUCAAAUGAGAGUUUUCUGUACCUACAUGGGUAUUACAAAAACUAAACCGCAAAUAGCUACUGUGUAUUGUCGAUGCAUGAUUUCAACAAAAUGUAAACGAAAACAGGCUAGAAAUGUGGGGGGAAAGAAAUAGAUACUCACUUUAAAAUGCAAAGAUAUGGCUCUGAACAAAAAUUGACACGAAGCGAAGCAAAUUCACUGAAAAACAAGUAAUCAUUUCAGCUAUAAUUAUUUUUGUAGGGGGAUUGAAAAAAUGACUCAUUUGCUGUAGACUGGAAUAAAUUACAGUCCAGGGGCCUCAUUUAUAAAGCUUGCGUACGCACAAAACCACUUUCUACGCAAAGGUUGUGAUUUAUAAAAACAAACUUGGCGUGAGAAUGUGCGCACCAACCUUGAUUCUUGAUGCUUCUUUACGCACAAAACAGGGCGUAAAUCACAAACUUUGCGUAGAAAGUGGCGUACGCUGUGUUCGUUGUGAUUUCUAAAAAAAACUUGGCGUGGGAAUGUGCGCACCGGUGCGCCAACUUUGAUGCUUGCUUAAGCACAUUUUGGAGACAGAGGGAACGGCAGUGCCGGAGGGUGAAGUGGCGAAUUGAAACCAGAUUGAUCUCAAACCUUUAUUGUUAUCACAUAUUAGACUUGUAGAGCCGGAUAAUCAUAAACCCUCAUUGUUGUAGAUGUUCAUAUAGUGCGUCAUUCGGCCGACGACUGUAUUUGCAGAACUAUGUUCAUAUAUUAACAGGAGCGGAUUGAACGUUAUUUCAUUCAGUCGUUUGACCGAAGGGCCGGUAUCUGGGGCCGGUGCGAUUUACUGAUCACCCGGCACCUGUAUGGCUCAUCCAUUUGUCGGGGUGAUCUCCGACGCAGUGGCUCGGGUUCGGUUCCUGCCCGCGGCACUUUUAUGCAAGUCUUCCCCCUACUCUUCUCCCCAUUUCCUGUCACUCUUCACUGCAACUAUCACAGUAAAAAGGCAAAAAAAAAAGUAAAGAAUUUUGUUUAUUUAUCCAUAUGCGGCCGAAUGGGAUGAGCGUCCAACCGUUAAUCAGCCCUGUACAGGCACGCAGGCACACAUGCUUCACACCACAACUCCCGAGUGAAGAUGAAUUUCUCUAUGUGAACCGAAAAAAUGCACAUUCAAUCAGUGUGCAAAUUAUUUGUACAUCGGACAUGAUCUUAGUAAAUUUAGUGGCAGGGUGGCCUGGGUCACACAUGAUUCAUUCAUCCUGACGCACAGCAGUGAAAAGACUGCCGGCCGGCGCUGCGUGAAAUGCCGUGGAUCAGCAGCUUAUUUAUAUACAGAUACAUUCAUGAGUUACUUUGCAUUGACCAUUCAUGGUAAAAUGUGGGUGUGUUGUGGGCGGAAUGUGAGGUGGAUCCACCUGUGCAAUCUUCCAGCUGGUGUGUGAUUUAUCAAGAAAUUGCAUGCAGCUGUGCUUACGCAAAGUUUUAUAAAUCAGGGGCGAGGGGCAUACGCCCUUUUCGUAUUUUCGGCGUACGCAAACUUUAGUAUGGAUCCUACGCAAUGUUUUAUAAAUGAGGCCCCAGGACAUGUAAAAUUAAAAUUACCACACCUAUCCUACAGAAAUAAAUCCUGUCUGAAUGACAGUUAGAAUUUAGUAAUUAUUUCAAAGGGGUAAAUAAAUGUUUUACAAUAAUUAGAAAUAUAUCAUGUAUCAUAUUUUGUGUCAUCCUUAAUGCAGGUAGAAUGUGAAUAAGUUAUAUACAUUAUUAUGUCAAAUGGCUGAUCAAUAGAGAACAGAAAAAUACUCAAGUAUGAAAAAACUAAUAAAUAUUUUUAAAAGAUUUUGUUAGUGAAAAUGAGAUGUUUAAAUAACAUCUUAAAUUUAUGAACUUUUAUUUGGACUAUUUCUGCAUUUUAGCAUUCACUGUACUUUGUAGAUUUUCUUUUCUACAUUUAUAUUAUAUACAUCUUACUUUUGUAUUCCUAUAUUUAUUUUUUCUAUAUUCCUUUAUUUGUUUAAUCUGACACCAUUUGUUAGUGUGAGCUUCAUUCCACUUUUUCCCAAAAAGUCGUAACGGCAAUCUUAUCAGGUCGGAUCUGGUAACAUUUAUGUGUUCCUUUUCAUUACAAAACUGUUCCAAUAUUGAGACAAUGUGGCUGAGUUUCAAGAAAUGAGAAAUUAUUUUGUGAAAAUAGUAAGAUACAACUGAAAUAUAAUUAAAAUAUAUUUGUUUCAAAGUGAAAGCUAUACUACAAAGGUGUGCAUAUUUUACCAAAAUGAUGACAUGUAUGAUAACAAAUUUGAGUGACUUGAAUAAAAAUGCUGUCAUUUU